GCGAGCCGCCGCCCGUGCCCUGGCGCCCCUCGGUACUGGGAGGGGACAGGACCGCCCCUGCUAGACCCGGGGCGGGAGGGUGCAAGGCUCCAGGGUCAUGUUUUACCUGGCUGCUGCUGUGUCAGAUUUCUACAUCCCAGCCUCAGAGAUGCCUGAGCACAAGAUCCAGUCCUCAGAGGGGCCUCUGCAGAUCACGAUGAAGAUGGUGCCCAAGAUGCUGUCUCCUCUCGUCAAGGAGUGGGCCCCGGAGGCCUUUGUCAUUUCCUUCAAGCUGGAGACUGAUCCCUUGGUCCUGAUCCAUAAGUCCCGGCAGGCCCUGGAGAAGUACCGGCACCAGGUGGUGGUGGCCAACGUCCUGGAGUCGCGCCGAAGCGCCGUCGUCAUUGUCACCAGGGACUCGCAGACCCCCCUGGCUCUCUCCGAGGAGGAGAUGGCUCAGGGCAUGGAGAUAGAGGAGAAAAUCGUGAGCUACCUGCAGGCCCAGCACACAGCCUUCAUGGGGAAGGAGGGCUGAGGAGCAGCUCUGCGCCAGGCCGCUGAGGCUGCGCUGCAGGAGCCGCAUGGGAGUGAGUCUCUGUCCCCAGUAAAUAAACUGCUCCACAGUGGAGCACUGUGGGCAGCUUCUGCCGUCCAGACCCACGUGGCUCUCUCCAGCUUGCUCCUGGUUCCUGUUGCUUGCUUUGAGAAAUCAAAAUACACUGAAGAGAUUCUAAAGGAC